CAGUGAUAUGUGAAUAAACUUUUGUAAAAUGAAGAUUAAAAACAGGCAUCUGUUAUUUUUAUUUACAGGAAACAUUUCUGCUACAGAACACCUCCAUUGGUACAAUCCAAAAGACCAGUGUUUACUUUUCUUUAAAGGAUGAUAUACUAAUAGGAUGCUUGAUAUAUCAGCAGAUGAAGAACCAAAAGAGAGUUUAUCUUUAUUCUUCUUGGCAUUGAGAGUCUGCUCUUGGAACAAUCAGGCACCAUGGGGAAGCGAGAUAAUCGAGUGGCCUAUAUGAAUCCUAUAGCAAUGGCCAGAUGGAGGGGCCAGACUCAAUCUACAGGCCCAACAAUACAAGAUUAUCUGAAUCGACCAAGGCCCACCUGGGAAGAAGUGAAGAAACAAUUAGAAAAUAAAAAGAAAGGCUCCAAGGCAUUAGCUGAAUUUGAAGAAAAAAUGAAUGAGAAUUGGAAAAAAGAAUUGGAAAAAAGUAGAGAGAAAUUAUUGAGUGGAAAUGAGAGCUCUUCUAAAAAAAAAGAAAAAAAGAAAAAGAAAAAGAAGAAAUCUUGUCAGUCUUCAUCUUCUUCAUCAAGCUCUGAUUCUUCAAGCAGUUCUGAUUCUGAGAAUGAGGAAAAAAAACAAGGAAAAAAGAGAAAGAAAAAGAAGAACCAUUCAUAUAAAUCAUCAGAAAGCUCUACAUAUGAAUCUGAAUUAGAGACCAAGGAAUCUGUGAAAAAGAAAAAGAAGUCAAAGGAUGGCACAGAGAAAGAAAAGUAUAUUAGAAGUCGCAGCAAAAAAAGAAAGAAGACUUAUCCUGAAGAUAAACCCUCAUCAUCAGAGUCCUCAUCGGAAUCAGAUUAUGAAGAGGAAGGGCAAGCAAAAAAGAAGAGAAGACAUGAAGAGCGAGAAAAAUCAACAGAAAAAGCAAAGAAGAAGAAGAAGAAACAGCGCAAGAAACAUGGUAAGAAGAAGAAAAAGAAGUCGGGUUCAAGUCACAAGUCAGGAUAACAAGAAAAAAAUAAGAUUUUCCUAUUUAAAAAAGCAGGAAUUUAAGGAAAUAUCAACUGUGAAUGUUAGGGAAUAUUUUUAAAAAUGCAUGAAUUUCCCUUUGUUUGUAGAAUUAUUCCUGACUGAGUGCCAGUCAUAUGCCACUGUGCCAGAAAGGGCCAUAACCAUUGCCUGCAGUAUAAAUAUAUAAUUUUGUUUGUGUGUGUGUUUUCCCUUCCAAUGGUUAAUUCUUCUGAGAGCUAAAACCCUGUUGUUCAUACUAGUAGUUAAAACAUUUGGAAUUGAAUUAAAUGUUUUAGAUAAUAAUUUUGAGCCCCAAAUUUAUCUAAUUUAAAAAUAUCUAAUUUGGAUAUAUCUUUAAAAUAUAAUCAGAAAUAUCCAGACAGCUGUAGUUGACAUUUUUGAAGCGUAUAAUUAAUGAUGACUCAGAAUCCUUACUUUUGAAGAUUAGUUUAUUUUACUUCUUGAUAAACUUUAGUUUACAUGGGGAAAGGGCUUGUGGGGGAAAAAGAGUUCGCUACCACUUUGGCUAGCUGAAUAGUGUGCCUUUGAUAUUUACACAUCUUAUUUUUGCCAGUGCAGCAGCCAUUCUUUUCUUAUUUAGUGAAAUUCUGGAAUGUUGUAUGCUGCUUCAAGUGAACAAGAAGACAGGAAGGAUAAGUAAGCCCCCAGUUCUAUGAAAUUUACCUCCAUUUCAACAGUACUGAAUAAUGUUUAGCAUUAGAGUGUUACCUUAUUUGAAUUAACUUUGAUACCCUUUAGAGGGGAAUCAUUUUAAAUAAACCCUGGUAUUUUUUGAUUAAUAAAGAUUCGGAAAUAUUUUGCAUGUUUUAUACUAUUAAUUUUUGAUUAUCCAGGGAUAUUCUACAUAACCAGUAAUCCUUUUUAUAUGAUUUAUGCUUAGGUUACAAGUUUGUAAUUUCCUAAUCUUACUAUAUUUCAUUACUAGGUUUAAUUGCACACUUGACAAAAUACUUAGCAUGUAAAAAGAAGGUUUUUGAAAAAAUAUUUAAUGCCUUCAUAUUGAAGCUUGUUUAUUGUAAGCAAGUUAAGUGCCAGACCUCUAGUAUGCUAUGUGUCUUGUUACAUAAAACUACUGCCAAAAUCUUAAUAAGUAUGCUGUUUAAAAACUCAGUGUGUUAAGCAUUGGUAUUGGAGUAAAAUAGGAAUUCAAUUUAGGACAUAAUGACACCUUUGAUCUUCCUGUGUCAUAUUUUACUAAGAUUUGGUGCCUCGUGCUUGUUUACCACUAAUGCUGAAAUGAGUUGAGAAUUAUUUUUAUUUUACAUAUUGAUAUAUCAGAGUAAUAUGAAUCAAUUGAUGUCUCAGAAAGAACUACUUGUUACAGAGGAUGUGCUAAUUGUAAUGUCAUAUUUAUAAAGUAUUUUGGCAUGAUGAGAGAAUCAAUAAAUUUUUAAUAGCUGAUUUCAUAUCAGCUCCCUUGAAUCAAAGGUAAAGUUAUUAUAAAGAUAGAGAACACCAAGUAAAUAAAUAUUGGCUUCCCCAAUUUUUGCAGUUGAAAUGCCGGAAUCUCUCAGAAAUGCUCUUGAAACAUAAAUGUAAUGUCAUGUUAGAUCAUCUUAAAUUUUCAUAAUUUUACUUGUUUGCUAAAAAAAAUUGCUGAUAAAAAUAUAUUUAAGGGAUAUUUUAUAUCCACAUAGAGUUUUUCAAAAUUGUUUUUCAUUAAAAUAUGAAAAAAGCUUAUAUAAUUUGUAGAAUAUGGCAAAGACAUUAACAGCUUACCAAAUAUCUGUGUGCUCCCAUUCACUUCCCAGCCUCUUGUAGUUAGGCAAUGCCAUUUGACUACUUCUAGCAGAGGGAUUGCAGAAAUUGUAAACAGAAAUGAGGUAUGAUUUCAUAAUGGAGGAGCAAAAUGUCCUGCAUGACCUUCCAGCUCUCUCAGUGUACUCCAAAUGGUAUACCUACAAGAUGGUUGCAGACUGUAUCUCUAAGUUACUGUUUAUUAGGCACCAGCCCUGGAGAGUUGAUGGACUUGCUGUGAACCUUUAGAGAGUAAGAAAUAAACUGUUAUA